UAAGAAGUAAACUAGUGUCAGGUACUGGGAUCCUAUGGCAGCAACAAUGGGAAGAAGACAGUAGAGGGAGACAUCUUUUCUCAACACAGCCUCAUGUUAAAACUCAUGGAAAACAUCCGGAUGGAUUAUGUGAUGUCCUGUUGCUGGCGGUAAUACUUUCAAUCUACCUUAAAACUCAAAUGAAAGAAGAAUUUGAGCGCACUUUCGGCACGUGUUCAAUAUGUUUAACUUCAUUUAUGUUCAUCAUGAGAGAGCAGGUGGAUGUGAUCUGCUGGAAAUCAGUAGGAACUGAUCUGUCCAUGCUGGAUAUUGAUGAUUUCAUCACAGAAAUCUCUCAGCUGAAGAAAGAGGUGAUGUCACUGAAGACAGAGCUGAUGGAGAGAGAGGACAGGUUACAGGAGCUGGAAAAUGUUUCCUGUCAAUCUUCAGUGUGUGUGACUGAUGGGACCUCCACAGAAUGUCAGGAUUCAGUGUGGAGCGGCAGAGAUCAGUCCACACCACAGCGACUGCUGGACAAACUCUCUGAACAGAGAUCCAGAGACACACAGGACUCACAGCUCACUUUACUCUGUUCUACUGAUGGUAAUCAGGGUGAUCAAACCUCCACAGACUCUCUGACUUCUGUCUGUAACACUGGAGAACAGCAGAUGCUGCAGAUACCAGUGAAGAUGUGUUCAGUGAAGCUGCUGGACUGCAGGAACCUGAUAAAGAUGAAAGGAGAAAACACAGCAGAGGAUCAACAGAGUGACGAAGAUGAGGAUGAGGAUGAUGAUCAAACCUCCACAGAGUCUCUGGCUUCUGUCUGUAACGCUGGAAAACAGCAGAUGCUGCAGAUACCAGUGAAGAAUGAAGUGAAGCAGGAGGAGAUAAAAGAAGAAAUCACAGCAGAGGAAGAUCAGAGAGAUGAUGAUUUUAUUUCUUCAGAGCUGAUGGAAGUGAAAGAGGAAAGUCAAGAACCGAUUGAAGUGGAGGAGAAACUUCAGUAUCAGAAACAUCAUGAUUUCACAACUGGAGAAAAAUAUUUGAGUGACUCAAAGACUAAGAAGAAUUUCUCACCAAAAAAGCCUCAAAGAAGAGCAGCCAAGAAAUCUUUAGCCUGCUCUCAGUGCGGAAAGUGUUUAACAUGUUAUACAGAUCUUAAUAUACACAUGAGAGUUCACACCAGAGAGAAACCUUACACGUGCCAUCAGUGUGGAAAGUGUUUCACUAUUAAAGGAAACCUUGAUGUACACGUGAGGAUUCAUACUGGAGUGAAACCAUACAAGUGCUCACACUGUGAAAAGAGUUUUACUCAGUCACACGUCCUGAAAAACCAUGAGAGAAUUCAUACAGGAGAGAAACCAUACAAGUGCUCACACUGUGAAAAGAGAUUUAUUCAGUCACAACACCUAAAAACACAUGAGAGAAUCCAUACUGGAGAAAAACCUUACAAGUGCUCACACUGUGGAAAGAGUUUCAAUGAGUUAAAUUCCCUGAAAACACACAAGAGAAUUCAUACUGGAGAGAAACCUUACAUCUGCUCACAUUGUGAAAUGAGUUUCACUCAUUUAAAUUCCCUAAAAACACAUGAGAGAACUCAUACUGGAGAAAAACCUUACAUCUGCUCACACUGUGGAAAGAGUUUCACUCAGUUAAGUUCCCUGAAAACACACGAGAGAAUCCAUGCUGGAGAGAAGCCUUACAAAUGCUCACACUGUGGAAAGAGUUUCACUCACACACAAAACCUGAAAAAACACGAGAGAAUUCAUACUGGAGAAAAACCUUACAAGUGCUCACACUGCGAAAUGAGCUUCACUCAUUUAAAUUCUGUAAAAACACAUGAGAGAAUUCAUACUGGAGAUAAACCAUACAAGUGCUCACACUGUGGAAAGUGUUUCACUCAUUUAAAUUCCCUGAAAACACACGAGAGAAUCCAUACUGGAGAGAAACCUUACAAGUGCUCGCACUGUGGAAAGAGUUUCACUCACACACAAAACCUGAAAAAACACAAGAGAAUCCAUACUGGAGAGAAACCUUACACAUGCUCACACUGUGAAAUGAGCUUCACUUGGUCAAAGUCCCUAAAAACACAUGAGAGAAUUCAUACAGGAUAGUCUUGUCUAAUUAUUGUGAUGACUCUUCUCCACCACAAGAUGACUUUAAUCAUUAGACUACUUUCACGUAUUGUGGUAUGAUGUUGUAGAGUUUGGGUACUCUAAUUUUUAUGGACUUGGACUUGUCAAGGACUCGGAUGCAUUUUUACUCUGACUUGACUCGAGCCUUUGGGACUCCGAGUCCAUGACAUUUGUGAUGCACUAAAAAAAAAAAAAAAAAAAAUAUCAAAACAGAAAUUAAUGAACACAUCUCUGUCUGCAUGCAGCUGUAAUAGCCCCUAAAGUCAUAGAUGUAGCCAGAGUUGUUUCACUGUGUUUAAGCAAACACAUGCACACUCACACAUAUGCAAGUGCACAGGCACACUCAUCAGUCAACCAAUACACUUAAAUGUUACUACAGAAACUACUGAAUAACAUCAACUACCGAGGUGGCUGGCACGACGAAAACACAAAGGCGGGUAUGUAUCCAAUGUAAUGGAAACUAAACAAGUAGUGCCUGACCGAUUUAUUGAUAUUAGCUUUUCACAGAUAUAUUAGUAUCGGCGUAUAUGUUUUCAGAUAUGUGCAGGUAUGAAAACUUUUUUUCAGAACAUAUAAUGCAGAAAACAAUUAUUGGGGUGAUUUAGAAGUGGUGUCACAACAUUAGUUUACAGGCUGAGCUGAUGGUUCAGCAGUCAGUGCGGAGUUAAGCGGUGUCUUCACGGUAAGCUGCUAACUGGUUUGUGAAAUACAUACUGUAAAGUUAAUAAACAAUGACCCCAUCAUUUCCCCUUUUCAGUAUAACUAAUAUAACAUUAACCCUGUCCCUGACAACCAUGUCACUCUUGUUUAUCACAUUUGUUUACAAUUUUAGCCAGCUAUAGUUUGUCAGUGCAAUCAGUAAUGUAGCAUAUUGAAAAGUAAGCAUCAGAGCAUCUUUUUGCAGCUCAGCAGACAACGGUGCAGUGGUGGAUUGUGUCUGUUGAGUGUUGAUUUCAUGCUACGUUGUUACCUAGUUGGUGAGAUGCAAUGCUGGAAAGUAAAUAAACAACGUCCAUCUUUUACUCUCCGUGACAAUGAGCUUAUAGCUAACUAGCUAACCACGUAGCUACUUUCAUACCUUGUCAGCUGAGUGGAAGCUAAUGUGUAAACAUGUAUUCACCAAACUGUUUUGUUCACAAUUCGCAGUUUGGUACCCCCUUCAACCAAACAAUUCCAGUCAUUGCAUUGUAAUAUUUAAAAGUCUGGUGUUCCACCGUUGAAAGUUUCCCCUGAACUUGUAUAGCAGAAUAUGGUGUAACACCGCUGCCCCUGUUUAUCUCUUGAUUCGGCAGGUGUAAAUGCUUCUUGUUUUACAAACUGCUCCUAAUUGACUGGCAGUAUUAAAAUAAGUCAGCAUUUGACUGAUACUAAACAGUACUACUGAUGUUUAUUUAGCUAUUUAUUUUAUUUUAAUUGUCAGCUAUUGACUGAUACUAAACAUACAGCACUGGUUUUUAUUUAGCUAUAAUUUUAAUUGAUUCUUUAUUUAAAUGGUCAGCAAUUGACUUACACUAAACAGUACUGAUGUUAAUUUAGCUAUUUAUUGUAUUUUUAUUUAUUCUUUAUUUUCUCAGUGUUCAUUUCUAGAAUUUGUUGACAAUGUAUAAUAAUAAUGUCAAAUAUUCUUUGAUAAAAAUAUUUAAGAAAGCAGCCUUCUGAGUACCUUUGCGUAGUCAAAUCAGUGCAAAAUCGGUGCACAAUCCACAUAGAAAAGGUUUUCAUUCCAGCUCAAAAAUUAACUUUAUCAGCCACCAUGUCAGUAAUCGGUGAAUUUACCCCCUCUAAAAUCAGUAUUGUAUCGGUCUCAAAAAUCCCAUAUCGGUAGGGCUCUAUAAACGAGACUGUUUCACACGACACGGGACCUGACACCUAAAAUGCGUGUGCCGUUUGUGCCGCCAAGAUGGUGCUCGCAUUGCGGUUUCAUCAUGGUUAAAAUUGAUGGGACAGGCUCUAUCGCACCCUUCCGUAGGAGGGUGGCGAUCUCUGCGUGCAAGGUAGCAGCGUUUUCGUCCUUCACCAAGGUGAAGUGGAUACCGCUGAACCUGGGCGGACGCCUGGCGAACUGAAUCACGUAGCCGAGUCAGACGGUCCGGACCAGCCAUUGCGACGGAUUGGAAAGCGCAAGCCACGCAUCCAAGUUCCACACAAGGGGGACCAAAGGGACAACGUCGUUGUACGUACCGGCAGGUGGGGCCUCGUGGCGGGGCGGAACUCGAGGUGUCACACCAUGUCGUGGCCAUGCUGAGUCUAGGGACAUCGAAGCACUUACCUGGCUCCUUGUGACCACCCCCGGAACAGCCUGGACAAGAGAAUCCAUACUGGCGAGAAACCUUACAAGUGCUCACACUGUGGAAAGAGUUUCACUAAGUUAAAUUCCAUGAAAACACAUGAAAGAAUUCAUACAGGAUAGUCUUGUCUAAUUAUUGUGAUGACUCUUCUCCACCACAAGAUGGCAGCACCUUCAAUCAUUAGAAUACGGAUAUUGGUGGUAUGAUGUUGUAGAGUUGGGGUACUCGAGUUUGGACUCGAGUCCAAGUCACGAGUCCAAUUUUAAUGGACUUGGACUUGUCAUGGACUCAGAUGCAUUUUUACUCUGACUUGACUCGGAGUCAAGCCUUUGGGACUCGGGAAGUCCAGCCGAGUCUAUGACAUUUGUGAUGCAAUGAAAAAUAAUAAUAAUGAAUAAAUAACAAAACAGAAAUUAAUGAACACAUCUCUGUCUGCAUGCAGCAUGUAUUAGCUCCUGAAGUCGUAGACAUAGCCUGAGUUGUUUCACUGUGUUUAGGCAAAAACAUGCACACACACACAUACGCACAUACACAGGCACACUCA